AUGCAUUUCUUGAGUAUAUAUCCCCACCAGAGCAGCGGAGCUGUCAGAUGCGUGCAGAGCUGGACCCAGAAGACGAUCACUCUUGAACUUGCUGAUUUAGGAAUUCAAUACUCGGGACAAAUUGUCAGCCUGUGUGCUGCGUCAAUGCUGAGGAUGGAGCCUCUGAACAGCACACACCCCAAUGCUGCGGCCUCCAGCAGCCCCAUGGGGUCUCAUGCGGUCAGCAAUGGCCAUGGUAACGAAUACUUCUAUAUUCUCGUGGUCAUGUCCUUCUAUGGUGUUUUCUUAAUCGGAAUCAUGUUGGGCUACAUGAAAUCCAAGAGGCGAGAGAAGAAGAAGUCCAGCCUCCUGCUGCUUUACAAAGAUGAGGAGAGGCUGUGGGGGGAGGCCAUGAAGCCCCUGCCCCUGAGGUCAGUGCCGGUGCCCAUGAUGCUGAACAUGUUGCAGGAAAGUGUGGCGCCGGCCCUGUCCUGCACCCUCUGCUCCAUGGAGGGGGACAGCGUGAGCUCUGAGUCCUCCUCUCCUGAUGUGCACCUCACCAUCCAGGAGGAGGGCGCUGACGAUGAGCUGGAGGAGACUUCUGAGACGCCUCUCAACGAAAGCAGCGAAGGCUCCUCGGAGAACAUUCACCAGAAUUCCUAGCACCCCCUUGGCCUGCAGAGGUAGCCCCACCAAGCCACCGUCACCCUGAGAAAGAGGAAAGACAUUUUCCAAGUGUCUGCUCUCACUCUGGCAGUGCGGCGGUCACUUUGAAAGACCCUCGGCAAAUCUCCAACAUGAAAGGAGGGGCCCAGUGAACCAGGCUCAGUCAGAGUCCUGGAAGUGCCAGGGGUUUGACCCCACUACUGAAAAAAAA